AUGCAGGGAUCAGCCAGAUUCUUCAAAGGUUUCAGAACGUUAACGAGCACUAAGAAGCACACAUAUGGCCAAGCCUUCCACGACGAGAUACUCCAGUUCAAGAACUCCAACGGUACCAUGACAUCUUUCUCUGUCACCUUCUUCUUUGCCAUUGUCCCUGAGUAUAAGCACAAAGGCUCUCACGGAAUGGCCUUUGUGAUCUCCCCCACGAGAGGAAUAACAAACGCAUCUGCUGAUCAGUACCUUGGAAUCUUCAAUGAAGGAAACAAUGGUAACACCUCGAAUCAUAUCUUCGCUGUUGAGCUUGACAUAAACAAAGAUAAUGAGUUUGGUGACAUUGAUGACAACCAUGUUGGUAUCAACAUAAACGGAAUGAGGUCUAUUAUAUCUUCUCCUGCUGGUUAUUAUGAUCAAGAGGGUCAGUUCAGAAACCUUUCUUUCAUCAGUGGAGACCUACUUAGAGUCACCAUUGUGUAUAGCCACAAGGAUACACAGAUCAAUGUCACCUUAUCAUCACCAGAGGAGGCUUAUUAUCCAAAGAAGCCACUUCUUUCUCUGAACCAAGAUCUCUCCCCAUACUUCUUGGAGAAAAUGUAUGCAGGAUUUUCAGCCUCUACUGGCUCAGUUGGAGCAAUGCAUUACAUGUGGAUUUGGUUUAUAGAUGGCUGCAUUAAUGUGCCAAAACUGGAUUUAGGGAUACCUGAGAUUCCUCCAUAUCCCAAAGCAAAAUCUCAGGUACUAUGGAUAGUUCUGUUGACGUGCUUAUCAUUGUCUUUAUUGGCUUUCUCUGCUGCUUUGGUUGCAAGUCUCUGUCAAUGUUAUAAUCUGUGGUUUUGA